AUGACCAGCAAUGCCUCUCCGGCCACAAAUCUGAGUGAUCGUUUUUCUCUCUUUCCUUUUUUUUCCAUCUUUUGCGACCUGUCUAUCUAUCUAUCUAUCUAUCUAUCUAUCUAUCUAUCUAUCUAUCUAUCCCAGUCUAUUCAUUAUCUAUCUAUCUAUCUAUCUAUCUAUCUAUCUAUCUAUCUAUCUAUCUAUCCCAGUCUUCUAUCCAUAUCUAUCUAUCUAUCUAUCUAUCUAUCUAUCUAUCUAUCUAUCUAUCUAUCUAUCUAUCUCAGUCUAUUCAUAUUUAUUUAUCUAUCUCAGUCUAUUCCUAUCUAUAUAUCUAUCUAUCUCAGUCUAUUCCUAUCUAUAUAUCUAUCUAUCUCAGUCUAUUCAUAUGUAUUUAUUUAUCUCAGUCUAUUCAUAUCUAUAUAUCUAUCUAUCUCGGUCUAUUCAUAUCUAUCUCAGACUGUUCAUAUCUAUCUAUCUCAGACGACGCAUAUCUAUCUCAGUCGAUUCAUACCUACCUAUCUAUCUAUUCUAUUUAUAUCUAUCUAUCUAUCUAUCUGUUUCAGUCUAUUCAGAUAUAUUUAUCUAUCUCAGUCUAUUCCUAUCUAUCUAUCUAUCUAUCUAUCUAUCUAA